AUGAGCACGCCCCGCACGGGCAGCGUCUCCUGCGUGAUCGUCGACACCUUCUCCACGAAGGCCUUGGACCACGCGCCGUACGGUAACCCGAGCUGCUCGUGGACGAACGCGAAGCAGCGCCCCGCGGGCAGCUUGCUCGUGGCCAUGCGCGCGAGCCGCGCGUCGACCGUCGCCAUGACGCAGACGUCCCACUCGGCGUUGUUCAUUUCCAACUCCGAGUUCGACGAGAAGCGCCUGCGGCGGCUCCUGAAGAAGAAGCUCAAGCAGCACGAGCAGGAGGCCAAGAGCCUCCGGGAGGCCGCCGCCGCCGAGGGCAGGGAGGCCCACAUGCCCUUCCAGCUCGUCGCCGAUCCGGCGUCGCCCUACGGCAUGCGCUGCUCCUUCGACGGCCCCGCGUCCGCGAAGAAGCACGGCUUCGACGACUGGGCGCCCGCGUCGCCGCGCGGGAGCGCGCUGGAGCCGCUGACGCCCGGCGCCGAGCCGGCCCCGCGGCCCGCGUCGGCGCCCGCGGGGCGCCGGCCGCCGCCGGAGCCCGCGGAGGCCGCGGAGCCCGCGGUCGCGUGGGCCGCGUCGCCGGACAAGUACUCGCAGCGGAAGCUCUUCCCCGACGCGCCCGCCGAGGCGCCGCGCGCGACCGCGGCGCCGCGGCGCGGCACGGUCGUCGAGGCGCCGCGGCGCGGGUCCGUCGCCCGCGCGGACUCGCGGCGCGGGAGCCUGGCGUCCGCGCAGUCGACGAGCAGGCUGCUCCGCGCGGAGAGCGCGCCCGCGCUGUCGCGCGACGAGCAGCGGCGCCGCGCGAAGAGGGAGCGCGACGCCCACCCGGCGACGCUCGGCAAGUCCGCGAGCGCGGGCGACUUCGGCGCGCGGAAGGCGGAGCAGGCGCGGCUCCGGCGGUCGGAACGCGAGGCGCAGGCGGCCGCGGAGGCGCGCGCGCGCGACGCGCGGCGCGUGGCCAAGAUCGAGCGCGACGCGGCCUGCCGGCUCUGGCUCGGCCUCGUGCCCCGGGCGGCCGUGGGCCUCGCGCUGGAGCGGGGGCUGCGACGCCACCGCGCGCGCGAGGCCGCGGCCGCGGAGCGGCUCAAGUCCGCGAUGACCAUCCAGAAGGCGCGGCGCGGCCGCGUCGCGCGGGACCUCAUCUACUACAGCGCGCGCCUCGCGCGGGCCGCGGGCCAGAACAUGCGCCUGCUGCUGCAGAUCCGCAUCCAGCGGAAGCGGCGCGCGCUCCGGCGCGUCGCCUGGUUCUUCGCGGCGACGGAGCGGUUCCGCCGCUUCAAGCACGCGUCCGCGCGCAUCCACCGCUCCGCCCGGGCCAUGCAGCGCGGCGUGCGCGACUUCGCCGCGUGCACGACGGCGCGCGUCGCCGUGCUGCGGCUCCUCUGGCUCCGGUGCGAGGACGAGCACGGCGCGCUCACGAAGAAGAAGAAGAAGCGGAAGCCGAGGAGCAAGCGCAAGGAGGACGGCGAGGAGGAGCAUUAUGUCGGCGCGCGCCAAUUGUUGCGGGACGACGACGCGUGGGACAAGGUCUCGGAGCGCAUGGACGUCGUCCGCGACCGAUUGGUCCGCAAGGGCGUCCUCAAGGCGCCGUCGUCGGGCCACCUCGACCCGGCUCUAGUGCGCGACGUCGCGGGGGCCGCGCUGGCGCACGCGGACCCCCAGCGCGAGGAGCAGAUCGUCAUCCUGCUGCGGGACCUGCGCGCGGAGCACCGGGCGCGCUGGUCCGAGGAGGCGCGGCGCGCGCACCACGCGGCGUCGCGCACCUACAGCGGCACGGAGGCCUUUCGCCUGCUGGCGCUCGACGACAUCCACCGCAGGGCGUCGGCGCUCGUGCCCCAGGACCCGGGGCUGCGCAAGUGGCCGCUCAUGGCCUUUUUUCGGCCGCCGGGCUUUGCGCGGUCCUUCCUCGGCGACGGGGACUCGCGGCCCCCGCGCUGGCGCCACCACGACUCGCUCAAGGGGCGGGUCUACGAUGUCCUGCUGGCCUACCGCGCCGCCGAGGCCUUCGAGGAGCACUCGAAGGACUACCGGCGCGCGUCGACGCGGGCCUCGCUCAUCGCGAACGCCAUCGACAUGGAGCGCGCGAAGCGGGCGCUCGGGUCCAUCCACUUCCGCGACGCGCCCGUCGACCGCGGCGGCACCCAGGCGAAGAAGAAGGUCGCGUUCGUCGAGGAGCCGGCGCGGACGCGCGGCCACGGGACCCUCGCGGCCUACAAGGGCAAGCUCGGGAACAGCGUCGGGCCGUCGCUCGUCGCCGCCAAGCCCAAGGCGCCGGCCGCAGACGCCGAAGAGGAGAAAGUAACCGGCUUCAAGGAGGGCCGCUGGGACGACGACGAGCACGACCGCUUCAUCGUCGCCAUGGCCGACUUCGUCGACGGCAACAACGCGCCCGUCAACCAGAGCGCGCGGCGCGAGAAGUGGGGCGCCAUCGCCGCGGCGCGCGCCCGCGCCGUCGGCACGCGGUCGACGCUCCAGUGCCGGAGCCACGCCCAGAAGCAUUAUAUCAAGGAGAAGAAGCAGCGCGCGCCCGCGCGCGAGAAGCAGCUCAAGGUCGUCAAGGAGACCAAGAAGGCGCCCGCCGCCGUGCACCGCGUGACGCCGCAGCCGUCGAUGUCGAACUCGCCCGAGCCGUCGAUCCACGGCUCGCGCCUCGACCUCAGCGAGGGCUUCGUCGCCGGCGACACGGCCGCGAACCUCGAGGAGGCCGUGCGCAUCCUCUCGCCGCCGCGCCCGCCGGGCCGGCUCGCGCGGCUCCGGCCGUCGGCGCUCACGGCCGAGGCGCUCUUCUCCCCGUCGGGCGGCCCCGUCGACGUCGAGCACGGGUCGCCGCGCCCGGACGUCGAGCGCGCGUCGCCGCGCCCGGCCAUCGUCGACGACGCCGAGGACGAGGCGCUCCGGCUCUUCGACAGCCCCGUCAUCCUCUCGCAGCCGUCGUCGCCCAAGAUCUACGACUCGGAUGCCGCCUGGGCCAAGGUCAUGAACACCUUCACGGAGGAGGUCGACUUCCACUCGCUCCCCGUCUUCUAGAAGCGGACGCCGCGUGAUAACCGGCACGUCCCGAGCGAGCCGCGUCGCGCGCCACCACGGCGCGUGCGCACAUAGCCCCCGACUCCCCCGACACCAUGCACAUACUACCUCCGAGGUAUCCUAAAUGGGAUUUCGUG